UCUAAAGCUACGUUAACCACGAGAAAGCAAAUCUACCGGCUACAAGAUAACACGUAUGCGGCGCAGCCGUAUCCAAGCGGAAUCCGAGAGUGAAAUGCCCUCAUUGCCCUCCUCCUCGUUCCUCCCUUCGCCCUUCCGCUUGCUCUCGUCUCGCCGUCCUCCUCCUCGUCCGUGCUCUUCUGCUGCGAUCGCCGGCAGCAAGAGGCGGCCGAACCGGAUCCGGGCAUCGAUGUCCGGCCCGCCGUCGCCCGUGGCGGAGUUCCCCUACCUCCCGCCGUCGCACCGGGACCUGAUGCUGGAUCUCCGCUCCGCGGUCGAGGACCGGCUGGGGCCCCACCUCCUCCCCUCCGCCGUCCCCCCCGACGUCCUCUCCUUCCACAGCCCCUCCGGCGCUUCCCGCGGCGCCCUCGACAUCCGAUCCGGCGGCCGCGAUUCCCCCGUCGACUUCAUUCUGGAAUCAUGGCUGCACUGUGAGCUCCCCACAGGUGCUCUCAACAUAACCACUUUAUUCGCCUUCCUUGAUGCCGCCACAGAUGCUCCUCACCUUCUAAUGGAAUUCAUACAAAGCAGCCCAUCCUCCCUCAUCCUCUUCACAGAUUUGCUGCCCCGCAAAGACCUUGUCCUCCACCCCGAUUACCUUGAUGAGUUUUACCAGCAAACCAAUUUGGACAAGCCGAGGCAAGAACUUGCGAAACUUCCGCAGGUGCAACCUUACUGCUCAUCCUCUCUUUACAUUCGCAGCGUCCUGUCACCAACAGCUAUUGCGGUUUGCAUCAAUUGCGGAGAAGAUGGACAAGGCAUGAUGGAAGACAUAAUGCGAGGUCGGCUGGACGCCAUCUGCAAGGAGAUUGUUCGAAUUUGGUUGGAUACAUGUGCAAGCAGCAGUAAACAGCUGGGACAGACCGAGAGGGCCGAUUUGCUGAGAAGAGAUGGUUUGAUUAAGAACAAGACCAUCGAGAUCGAUCUUGCUGCAAACUUGCCGAGGAUGUUCAGUCCUGACGUCGCAAACCGAGUGGUGGGAGAAAUUCAAAAGGCUUUUAAGAUAUAAGAUGGUGCAAAAUUUGAUGGAAAAACCAAUGUAAGAACUUCUCAUGUCGGAAGAAAAUAAGUCAUCGACGUACUAUUUGCAGGCAUUUGAUCAUUUGUAUGUUGCACUCGAUCAUCAAGAUAUUGAUCGAUGUGGCCACAAAACUGCUAGGGUACUAGGUGAUACACAAUUUGUAUGUUGCGCUUGGUAAUAUCAUCAUGGAAGCUUGUAUAGAUUGCUUGGGGACUUCAUUCUACCAUGUAAGUUGAGAAUGUAUGGAUGUUAUGUACAUACAUUGGCAAGUUAAGCUUGUCGACUUGUGCUAAAGCUCUUCUUGUUGUGCC